UUUUUACCAUGAACACCGUUACUACGCCAGCUCUCCCUCUCUCUUUUUCCAUGUUAUUGCCCCUCCCACUUCGUUGAAAACACCUCCUCCCACUAGUGCCUACGUCACUAACAACAAGAGCAAUCAUCAUCAUCACGAUACAGUAGAAUAGCAUAAGCGGUGUAGUUGCAGUAGUGGUGGCUGUGAAAACACGGCGAUUACUGCUGUACACGUUGCCCGGCUUCCGGCGGUCUGUAUCAUUGUUGCUGUUUUAGUAGUGAGUUGACGUCUGGCUGGACGACAACAACAUAGACAGAUAUCUCCAUGCUGGAAAGCUGUUGUCUCACUAGUAAAUACUGAGGUUAGUUUCUAUUAACAAGCGAGAUAGUCACUAAACCAAAUAAUAGAUUAUAAGUUAUAUAGAAACAUGUUUAAUCAACAAAUAAUACAUAACAACCGACCAGCACAUCAGAUGGAAUAUUGCUGAAGCUGGAAGCUAGUUAACUAAAAACAAAACACUUCUUUAUCACUUUUAUCAUCAGAAGCUAACGUGACACUACUAAUACUACUUCCGAGUGGUGUGUUUUAAUUAACUAAGUCAGCCAACUGGAAACUUGUUUGAUAACGUGCCAGAAAGGUAACGUUGAAUGAAAGUGAGUCGCUGUUAGUGUUUUUUAAACAACCACUUUAAGUGUCAACUGUCCACAACUUCCACGUACAUAUAAACAACAAAGCCACACUCGAUUUUUCCCUCCCAAUUCCAAUAUUAAGCUAAUUAGAAUUAUCAAAACUACUUUUUGACGAAGUAGGAUAAUCUGAAAAAAAAGUAAAAUAAAAUAUUACAUCCUGUACAUAUACAAAGUACACACAUACACACUCUUUCUUAUAUAUCUACAUACACUGUGGACAACAUAUUAAUUUGUUUUCAAAGGUUUAUCACUUACUAAGGAUCAACAAUGGCUCGUAAUAGCAAGGAUACCCGUCGACGUUUAGCAAGUGGUGACAAAGAUAGGGAUCCUACUGUCCAAAUGCACCACCUGGGUGGAUCUGCAAUAGUUGCUGGUGGUUCUUCUCACAGCAAUGGACAUCAUAACAACGGUGGAAACGGUAGUAACAAUGGGAAAAGUAAACAUCGACGCUGCCCGGCUUCGGCCGGCCGUUUAGGUUUCUGGUCAUCCUUCGGACUGACGGACAGUGCAGCUGUUACUAAAGCGCUAUUGGUCCUUCUUAGUGUGGUCAGCAUCUCGGUCGCGCUGUAUUACCAACACCUUGUCCAUCUUCGGGAAAUGACUGUGCGAACUCCUUUGAACUCUCCAAAGAUGCUGUCCGAAAACAGUACGUCUCCUCUGAUGGACCCUGAUCGCUACUGGGGUACUUACAGGUCGCAUCUAUACUUCGGCCUGAAAACUCGAAGUCCCAGUUCUCCUGUUGUUGGAAUGAUGUGGAUGACAGAAUUUACACGAAACAUGCCACCACCACUGCGUCAUUGGUGUGACCAAGGGGACAGCCUCUUGCGCUAUGGUUGGCUUAAGCAUGAUGGUGUCAACUUUGGAAUCCAAGAAAUUGUUGAAGAUCAAUAUACAAUACGGACAGAAUUUAUCAAAAGGCCAGGUGGUGACUAUGGUGGAGAUUGGACCACAAAAAUCAAAAUUACUCCAAAGAGUUCUGAAAGACAUGUGGUUGUCUCACUGAUGUUUUAUAUGGCACUAGAUGGGCCAGGAAAUUUGCAAACUGUAACAACACAAAACAGACUGAAAUCCAUCUCAGGAUAUGUUAAGGAGCUUGGUGACUUUGAACUAAAAUUUAACAAAGCUACUUCAACGCAUCAAAAAUACCAUCAUCUUGUUACUUAUGUCUCAAAUCUAGACAUUUUGAAAGAAACUGUCCAAGGUCAUUUGAAAGUAGAUGCUUGGGACAAAGGUAGAACACUCCCUUAUUUUGUAUUGAGAGGUAGAUCAGUACCAAGAGAUGCCCCAAGUGGUCCAAAUUUUAUAGUACACCAGGUCACAGCUGUUUUACCAGUAGAGAUGGAAAUAGUGUUUGAAUCUCAAAGCUACAGAAGAGAAAAUUCGUUACAAGGAGAUUCUUUCACUAAUUUAUUAAAUAGUUAUGUAGAAGAAUUUGAUACCAAGUUUGAAAAUACAUUCCAUUUAAAAGAGAAAGAUUUCAAAACUGAAGAAAUCAACUUUGCCAAAGCUGCCUUAAGUAAUAUGCUUGGAAGUAUUGGGUAUUUCUCUGGUGAGUCACAGGUGAAGUCCAUUUAUACACCAGAACCUGUUAAAUACUGGGAAACCUCUCUAUAUACUGCUGUACCUUCAAGAUCUUUCUUUCCUAGAGGUUUCCUCUGGGAUGAAGGUUUUCACAAUCUACUAAUAGUACAAUGGAACCCCACUAUUUCUAAAGACAUUAUAUCCCACUGGUUAGAUUUAAUAAAUGUGGAAGGUUGGAUACCACGUGAGCAAAUCUUAGGCUCAGAAGCUCAGAGAAAAGUUCCAGCUGAGUUUGUGGUCCAACAUAAUACAAAUGCUAACCCCCCAACACUCUUCCUUCCAUUGCAAAAAAUCAUUAAAACUUUAGUGAAGAGCGAAAAACCUGAAGAUCGGGCCUUUUUGAAAGCAGUUUACCCUCGCUUAAAAGCUUGGUAUGCUUUCUACAAUGAGACACAAUCUGGUAAUAUUCCAGGUACAUAUCGUUGGCGAGGGAGAGACCCUUUGGUGAAACGAGAAUUAAAUCCAAAAACAUUAACAUCAGGUCUUGAUGACUACCCUAGGGCAUCACAUCCUACAGAUUACGAACGUCACAUUGAUCUUAGAUGUUGGAUGGCCCUUGCAUCUGGAGUGAUGCUUGAUAUUGCUAAAACACUCAAAAUGGAUUGGAAACCAUAUGAAGAAACUUACAACAUGCUGACAGACAACCAACUGAUGAAUGAAUUUCAUUGGUCAGAAAGCAAACAGCAAUACUGUGACUUUGGUUUGCACUCUGACAAGGUAAAACUUGAGCAACCUAAAGCACCCCCGCCAAAACCUGGUCAGCCUCCAAUUAAAUUAGAAAAGGUCAGAGUAAAUGUAUUUGAACCUAAAAUUCAGUUUGUAAAUUCCUUUGGCUAUGUAAGUCUUUUCCCAUUCCUACUGAAGAUUGUCAAUCCUGAUUCUCCAAAAUUGAUGAAAAUUUUGAAAGAUCUACAGGACACGCAACUUUUGUGGACAGAUUACGGUUUACGUUCAUUAGCUCGAACGGCUCCUCUCUACAAUCGCUACAACACAGAACAUGAUCCCCCAUACUGGCGUGGUGCUAUCUGGAUCAACAUCAACUAUUUAGCACUACAGGCAUUACACCACUACUCUACAACUGAAGGACCAUACCAGAGUCAGGCAAAGACCAUCUAUGAUCAACUUAGAGCUAAUAUCAUUAGGAACAUGUAUAAAGAAUAUUCAGAAACAGGUUACAUUUGGGAACAGUAUAAUGAUCGAACUGGCAAAGGUAAAGGCAGUCACCCAUUUACUGGGUGGUCAGCGUUAGUUGUGUUAAUGAUGGCUGAAAAAUAUUAGGUACUCUUCUUUCCCUAGAAUAUCAAAAUAAUGCAUUUUAAAAAUACAAAAAUAAAAAAAUGGGAUUAUAGAUUUAUUCUGACCUUCAUUUUGUGGGGUGUUUUUAAACAUUUUUCUUUCUUUUGUUUCUUUCAAAUCAUAGUUUAUUAUUCCAUUUUCUACCCAGUAUUUUUUUCUUUUUAAUCAUUUUUGUUCUUUUAAGCACACUUUUUUAAAGUUAUAAUUUUGAGACUAGACUAUCCCUUAUCCUUGCCCCCAGCUAAGUAUACGAUGAUCUCAAAGAAUAGAGUUUGCUUUUGGAACUAAACUUUUCCCACACAUCCGCAGUGCUUUUAUAUUUUUAUUCAGAAUUAUACAGAACGUCCUUGGGGAUGUUAACUAUUCAAAGCAAAACAUUUUGGUUUAAUAUUGAUAUUUUUCUAAGUUAGUGCAAUAUUUUACUUGCUUCCCUUAAAAACAAAUGUUACAUUUCAGUUUAUAUCUUUGUUAUUUUUCUAUUUUAUAUUAUACAUAUAUAUA